GACAGCGUUUGCGUAAAAGCGCAGAUUCACCGCGUUCGUUGCAUGCACUAAGUUAUGAAUUCCCCGCUGAUUCUACUAUAGUACCGUGCUACGGAAGAAAAACCGUCCUUCACCGACACUGUACUUGAAUUAACUCCAUGAUCCAUAAAAUAAGUUUCGGGCAACAUAGCAAGGCUGUGGUAUUGUGGACAAUCGGUAACUAACCGAUUCGGUGAACAUGCGUCGCAGUGUCAACAUCAUCGACAGAUCGACGACAGUAUAGGCCUAUACUAUAGGCCCCUCCCCCCCUAACUAUAAAUUAUAAAUCGGAACUCCUCGCGACUCGCGUGUACGUGUACGUGUUUCUUCGGACAGUGACAGUAGCCUGCCGGUACUGGCCGGUACUUUACUCAGUAUAAUGUAAUAAAGCACGCCCAACCCUGAAGUUCGACGGUGACAGUUUUGCAGAGUAAAAUCUCAUCCCAACAUGACGACUUAAACAAGCAGAUACAACUAGCCUAGUACUAGAAGUUGUUAAAGUUUUAGUCUUGAAAGCGAAAUGGAAUGCUUUGGACGCAGCCAGAAGGAAGUUUACUGCUCCAUCCGAUUGCUUGAUGAGACAGAGUUAGCUUUGAAAGUACAGAGAAAUACCAGAGGGGGUGAACUUUUGGACCAAGUCUUUGACAAGUUGAAUCUCCUGGAGAAGGACUAUUUUGGUCUGCGGUUUCUGGACUCCCAAGAUCAAACGCAUUGGUUAGACCCAGUGAAAACAAUUGGUAAACAAAUAAAAAAUGGGCUGCCCUUUGUUCUGUACUUUGGCGUCAAGUUCUACAUGGAGAACCCAUGCAAGCUCAAGGAGGAGGUCACGCGAUAUCAGUUCUUCCUGCAGCUACGGAUGGACAUGCUGCAAGGCAGGCUGCCAUGCUCCUUCCAUGCCGCGGCUGAACUGUGUGCCUAUGCCACACAAUCUGAGCUGGGAGACUAUGACGGUAGUCGGCAUUCCAAGGGCUACAUCUCGGAGUUCCGUUUCACUCCCAACCAGACAGAGGAACUGGAGGAACAGAUCACCCAACAACACCAGAAACUCAAGGGAAUGGCGCCCUCUAAGGCUGAGCUAAGCUUCUUGGAGCGAGCACGUUGGCUGGACAUGUACGGUGUGGACCUCCAUCCCGUCCUAGGGGAUAAUGACAUCGAGUUCUACCUCGGCCUGACCCCGACGGGUGUGGUGGUCUACAAGAACAAAACUAAAGUUGCUCGUUACUUUUGGCCCCGCAUCUCAAAGGUCCACUUCAAAGAUACCGAGUUUACACUGGUGGUUCUAGACAAAGAUGGGGUAGAAGAUGAGUGCAUCUUCAGGCUAUCCAGCAAGUCGGCCUGCAAGCAUCUCUGGAAGUGCAGUGUGGAGCAGCAUGCUUUCUUCCGCCUCCCCAUAGGGGAUGAGCCCCUGCAUCAACGCAAGUUAUCCUUCACCAAGUCCAGUUUCAGGCAUACUGGUAGAACCCAACUAGAGGCAUUGGAGGCGGCUUCGUCACUGAACCGACCAGUCCAACAAGUCAACCGAGCCCUGAGCCGCAAGUACCACCGGCGGCCGUCCCAGACCGACGUCUCGCUGAAGAACGGCACGACGCCAGAUGACAUGUUUCUGGACGAUGGUCCUGCAAGCCCCAAUGGGGUACUCCUUAGGCUAUCUCCACAACCAGCCAGUAGGUUACCCUCACACCAUCGACAGAGUGGACGAGACAGCCCAACGUCUGGCUUGAGCACUCGCUCCGUUCCCUGGGAAGAUUCCCAGCAAGCGAGAGUUGGUCUGUUUACACCAGCUGGAGGCUCGCCCGUUUCCGUACGCAGCUCGGCCUCCCGUCAGCACCGACAUAGGGGGCGCUCUAAGUCUCCAGCCCCCCAUCAUCGUCAUGGCGACAGAUCAGACAGUGAAUCAGAAGCCGCCUACAGCGCAAAACGGAGAAGCCGAAGAUCUGUAGAUUCUGAUGCCGGCAGCGACAAUGAGUCGCGUCAUCAUCGUCAGCACAGAAAGCGAAGAUCCAGAUCACGAGGAGUGAGUAGUGGCAGUGAGUCUGAGUACAGCAGGCAUGACGAAGGCAGGAGACAUCGGAGAAGAUCACGGGAGAGGAUGGUUAGCUCUCAAGACCAGUGGAAUGCCGUCAAGGAAAACAAACUAGUCAGGGGUGAGAUGAGAGAGGGCCAAGAAGUUACUGUCAAGCGGCUGAAAGAUGGGGGUUUUGUAAACAAUCGCACCGAUGCCGAGUUCCAAAAGCAUAUCAAGAAGGACCUGGUCGACCCAAGACAGUACACAGAGGAGGAACGGCACAGUAUUCCCUACACAAACGUUGUUCUUGACGGUGGAACAGUAGACAGCAGUCGUCCCAAGCAAGACACCCACACACGGACAAGAAGUAGAAAAAAUGAAGACUUCAGUGACAGCAACGUGAGUGAGCACUCAACCAGACACCGAUCUAGAAAUGCAUCUCCCAAAAGCCAUCGCCUCAUAAGAAAGUCUCAGGUGCCAGAGGGCACCCCGCCCCCACCUUAUUCCCCGAAUGGAGUGAGCCGCCUUGGGAAUCCAGCACACACUCCCAUUGGGAUCGAUGGGAACCCUCCAUUGGAAAGCAGGGGUGGGGUUGGCAGCAGAGGGGCUGCUGUUAUCCAGAACGGGGAUGUGAAGGGUAGCAGUUAUUCAGGCUACCUUCAGUCAGGGGGAGGGAUGUUUGGUCGCCAACAGCCCAAGAGAAACCAGGAACCUCUGCUGACAAAUGCACACCAAGGCCAUGACAGACACCCUCACAGACACCCCCGGGGAGACCCAUCCCCCACGCUGGGUAUGGAAGGGCUGCGUGUGGCCCACAGCAGGGAGGAUUCGGGCCUUGGGAACGAACACGAAGAGGGGUUUAGGCAAACCUUACCACGGCAAGAAGGUCAGCCUCGGACCACAGUCAGGACCCAGCGAAGAGAAGUGGACGUCCAUCGCUCCUGCACUGACCCCAUGACCUCUGGGGAAGUCACUGACCUCAGGACGACUUUACACCUGACCCCGGGUUAUCCCAUCCAGGCCGGACCCAGUCUGGACUCCUACCCAGACGGGACCAGACCGGAUGAGCAGCCCAGGAUGGCAACACGCGGCUAUGAUGCCGCCCGAUUGCAAUCCGGCAAUCGCAGGGAAACUAACCACGUACCGGUACAGGCUGUCCACAAUGGCGGUCCAAACUACCCCACGAAACUGCGACCCGCACCAACCGCUUACAGUCACCCCAAUGGGGAUACUGUCUCUCAAUUCAACCCCAAUCAGACUGCGAUCCCAAAUUGGAGCGCGGUCCAUAAACGGGACCCCGUGAUAAUCAACAACAACCACAUUGACGUCGCCAACGAGAAGGGAGUCGUGCAUUUGUGGUCCAAGCCGAUCGCACCCAACCACGCGGUUGUCAUGUCGUCACUGGUUGACGACAAGGACAUGCGGGUGAAUGGGGAGAAGGCAGGGAGCCAGGGAGACACGGUACCAGAGGAGCUGCCAGAUUUCCCCCCGGGCUACAAACCCAACUACAGCAGAGGGGGCAAGCGGUACAGCAUCACCACGCAGGAGAUGAUACGAGUCAGUACACUGGACGGAGACAACCGCGACUUGCAGACAGAACUUUGACGGCCUAGCAAAGUCAACUCGUUGUCUUGAGUGAUGCAUUUGCCACUUCCACUCGUAAAAAUAUUUUGUGACUGUCUAUAUUUAUGUAGGUUUUUUUAUACGACAAAGUGCUGAACAAAGUUAUAGUAUUAAAAUUAAGGCCUCGUAAGUGAUCACAAGUUAGUCUCAUCAAGCGAUUCAGUUUCAAGAGACAGACUAUUCAAAUGAAAUGUGACAAAAUCCUUUGUCAUUGUAGUACAACUUGUAACCCUGACUUGUGAUUGACAUGCGUUGUGGCUCGAUAACAACUUUGCAAAUUGUCGUAAUACGUUGCCCCCAUUCACUAACAAACAAAAAACUGUGUCCCACCUUCAGGUAAUGAUGCCAUUUCAAAAAAUCAAGUGUUAAAAAUUGAAACAAAACUGUUAUGAUUUUUUUAUCCAACUUCAUACCAAAGAUUGUAAUUCAGUUUUAAUAAUGUGUACUGAUAUUUAUAAUUCUCAGUUUGAAAUAUUUUUUUUUACCAACCAUAGCUAUGCAGAAAAGAUUUAUGAAUACAUGUACUAUUUUGUUUGUGCUAAAAUGAGAAUGACUGUGAAAAUUGGUGCAACUAUUUUGUCCUUUGAGGGCCCGAAACAAGUGGCACAAAAUGACUGACGUGACGGAAAGGAGCAUUUGUAUGUUAUAAACCUUGAUUAUGAAAUAUCCUUGUCUUUCUAUUAAGUCUGUAAAUUUAUCUUUUUUUAAUAAAGAAACGUUAGUGUGAGAUGCAAAGUUAGGCAGAGUUCCAUUUUAUAUUUUAAUUAUGGCGGAUAUUUACAUGUAAUAUGUUUUCAUUGACAAAUGUUAUGCAACGAUUUUGAAUUUUAAAAAAGUCAAGUGUUUUGGGUUUUUUUUGUUUUUUUUUUUGGUGUUUUCCAAAAUCUUCCAUUACUAUUGGCUUAAAGAGAUAUAAACUUCCCAAUUAGUUAUAAAUACACCAAAGGUUCGUGUUGUUUCCAGAAAUCACCAUUGCAAGAUUAUGUAGUCUUUCUCAGGACUGUUGUUGCCCCGAUUUGAAUUGGCCGUUUCCAAAAUCAACGUGUCUUCCACCAAUCACGGUGCAGAUGGUAAAUAGUUGACCAAUCAGAAUCUAGUAACCACUUUUCCAUUCAUGCCCAAGAACAAACAGCAUUUUCACAAAAGCAAAUAAAACGCCAAACAAGCAACAUUCCUAUUUUAAUACACUUUGAAAUACUCUUUUAAGAUACUAACUUUUCAUUGUUUAAAUAUUUCAGAACUGUUCUGAAUUCUUUUGAGGGUGUUUUGAUCAAGUUAAUGAGUGAUUCUUUUUUAAUUGUAUAAAUUGAUUUAAUACUAACUUAUCAGAAUAUCUGUAUCACAGAUUGUUGAAAUACAUUAAAGAGCAAGUAUUUAAUUUUGAACA